CUGAAAAGCAAUAGAAAAAAUAUCCUCCAGUGAGGAUCAAAAAAAAAAAAAGUUACUGGGGGGAUAAAGGUCCAGCAGAACCACAUAGAGCUGAAAAUAAAGGGAUGGAACUGCCGACAAAUCCUAACCAAAGAAGGGCGUAGGAAUAUCAAUAUCAGACAAACUGAGAUUGAAACACAGGAAGGGGGACAAACAGGAACACCAUGCAAUAACGAGAGGCCACCCAUAGAGCAGACCCCAAGUCAGCUGUCAACACUGUAGUCUUUAAAUGCAGAAACUCAGUGAUGGGGUCACAGAGCUGAGGAGUGUCCAGGCCCCUCGUCCUGCCCUGGGCUGUGAGGCUGCUGUCCCUCAACAGCUCCAGGGACACAGGCUCAGCUCCAUCAGCUUCAGCCCCUCCCCAGCUCACGUGCCGCUUCCUAGGGGAAGGCAUCCUCCGUUAUCUGUGGGUAUCUGCAGUCGCCUAGGUCCCCUUUCUAGCAAAGGGUUGACGGACUCAGGGCAGCUCUGUGUCCUCAUCACGGGCGGCAUCGUGGCCACUGCUGGCCAGUUCACCCAGUGGUACUUCGGCGCCUACUCCAUUGCAGCAGGAGUGUUCGUCUGCCUGCUGGAGUACCCCCGGGGCAAGAGGAAAAAGGGCUCCACCAUGGAGAGAUGCGGACAGAAGUACAUGACAAAAGUGGUGAAGUUGUUCGGGCCCCUCUCCAGGAAUUACUACGUCCGGUCCUUCCUGCACCUUGGACUGUCGGUACCAGCUGGCUUCCUGCUUGCUACCAUCCUGGGCACAGCCUGCUUGGCCAUAGCAAGUGUCAUCUAUCUGCUGGCGGCCACCCGUGGUGAGCAGUGGACUCCCAUCGAGUCAAAGCCCAAGGAGCGGCCACAGGGGGGGAAUACCAUCAAGCAGCCACCCAGCAACCCCCCACCCCGGCCCCCGGCCGAGGCCCGCAAGAAGCCCAGCGAAGAGGAAGACCAGGCAGCAGCGUCAGGGGUCUCCAGCGGCCCCCACGAAAACCCUGUCCCAGUGACCGAUGAGGUCGCGUGACUGGUGCCCUGAGUUGCUGCUGUCUUGUGUAGCUUUUUGGUGGGGGGACCCAUCCAGACCCCAAGGGCACCCCCUUGCCUGCACAGCGGAACCACAGGCCCUCUUUUGGUGUCAUCCCCAGAAGCCUGUCAUCUUCUCAAUGGCACAUGAAAUCACAGAGCAUCUUCUAUUCCAUGAAAUACAGUAUUUGGAAUUCCA